AUGCGGCUCUCCUCCUUAGUCGCGGUGCUCUUGCCACCAGCGUGGGCUCGUGCCUAUCCCACCGACUCUUCAUCAGACGGCGCGCUUCAAGCUUUCCCAGACAUCAACUAUGGCGCCCCGAUCAUUGGUGGGGGUGAGCAAAUCACGGAUCCUGCCGAGCUGGAGAUUCUUCAUGCUCGGCACGCAGACGUGCUGAGGAGAUUGAAAGCCGGCGAAGGUUAUUCGUUGGAAAAUACCACCCUCUUCGAUUCUCCAGGUCUGGAUAAGCGGGUUCCGAUCCUCGGUAUGGCGGGCGUCACGAUCUUAGGCGCAAUCCCGGGACUCAGCACAGCAAUGCAACGAUUGUAUGGCUUCUUACUCGGAGAUCCACUUGGUCCAUGGGCGUCCAAGAACAACUGUCGAGUUGAAUUCCACACAAAGGGAGGAGGAAAUGAAGAAACCUCGGUUUUGGGCAGGAAUAACAACCCAAGGCAGGAGUUCCUGAACAAUACCGGUUGGAACAACCCGACGUCAACGGGCCCGCCAAUACUGUUUUUCCGCACGGAUUCUAUCGUGAUCUACCGACAAGAAUACGAGCUAGUCUUGAACACGUGGCCCCUGGCUAAUGCGGACGCUAUCGAAGAAUCCGAGGGCGACAGUAUAAGUAGUGAAGGGGCAGGCGGUAACCGCUGGGGAGGCUCGUGUGGCGUCCUUUGCAUCGAUCAGGUAGUGACGGACAUCGAGAGGCCAGAGGACUGGACGGAACGGCCAAGGCCCAAGGGAAAGAUACUAAUCGCCGGAGAUUCCAUCUCCCAUGGGAUGCAAGAUGACUGGACGUGGCGUUAUCGCCUUGACAGAUGGCUCCAAAGCAACUAUUUCAAGUAUGAGUUCGUUGGUCCUUGGGUUGGUACCUACGGUAUCCCGGAUAUCGAAGCAGCACAGCCUCGUGCUCCUCUAUUCCCGGAGGAGACACCGCCUUCGACGUUCAGACGAGGCGACUACGCUUUUACUGGAGAUGACAUACCAUUCAUUGACAGCGGCCAUGGGGCCUUUUGGGGCCGGCAGGCGAAGGAAAGCGUGAGAGAAGUGUACCACUGGAUAAGGACUUAUGAAGCCGACUACCUGCUGGUCCUUUUAGGCUUCAACGACCUAGGGUGGUUCGUCAGCGGGCCUGAAGGCCUGAUAAUGGAUAUGGGAACGCUGGUGAAGAACGCACGCGAGGCCAACCCCAAGAUCAACAUACUCGUCGGUAACGUCGUCCACCGCACUCACAUCAAUGGCCGCGACGACCUGCCAGUGAAAACGGAUAGGUAUAACCAGAUCCUUCGCGAACACCUGCCCACUUGGUUUGAUUGGAACUCCCCAAUCCGCUAUGUCGAUGUUGCAGGUCUAUACAACUGUCAUCCUAACAGCUGUCCUGAUGGCUACGAUGGAUUGCAUCCCAAUGCAUUCGGUGAAUGGGCCAUUGCAAAAGCCUUUGCUGAUGUCCUACAGCAUGACUUCCAUUUUCAUGGCGAACCGCUUAACAUUCCAUCUCGAGUUGAUACAAGACCUGUUUCUGCUCCUUUGGGCGUCAAAAUCGUGCCACGUCCUGAAGGGCUCCUAACUACCUGGGAUACUGUUAAGAAUGCGCGAGGCUACGAGAUACGCACGCGUCUUGAGGGUGCCCAAGAAUGGUGGUCGUCAGGUGAGGUUUACCCCAAGACGACAGCUAGCUUCAAUACUUGGGUUCUCAAUGGUCAAACUUGGGAAGUCCAGGUCCGCACUAAGGGCGAUAACGAUGACAGGUCGGAAUGGUCCCUAUCAAGAACAGCCACGGUCGCCGCCCUGACGGCGCCGCCACCGGCCAAUAUCAUUGUUAACCCUGAAGGCGGAGACGGUGUUGUAGUCACCUGGGAUUCGGUGACCGGCUACGAUGUAGACCGCUACAGUAUUUACCUAUGGGAUCGCGAUACCGAAGGGUCAUGGACCGGCGUUUACCCCUGCAGGGGCACGAGGUGGUCCAUCGGCGGGCUGGUACCUGGCCACCGCUACUCUGUUUGGGUGGCCACUCACGCCACCAUCCCCCACGGCACUCUAAGCAACGUGCCCGAGGCUCCGGGCGGUCUCCCAGGCACUGGUCGGGAUGUUUACAUAGGGGGAGGGCGACCUCCGCAGCCGUCAUCUUUUACUUCCGAGUCCAUAGAUGCUACCACUAUCCGUCUGAACUGGAACCACGCUGGGGGUAUCUCAGGCUACGCCAUUUACAGUCGUAACAUUCACGAUGGCCAAGGGCUCAAGCUAGACGGCACAACCACAGACGCUUCGUACCUGUUGGGAAUCCAGUUUCCCGGUAUUUGGAACUUCGAAUACUGUGUGGCAGCUUUCAAUGGGAACCUCGAGAGUACCCGCGUUUGCACGAUCCCGGCUGUUUGCUGUGGUCAUAGCAAGCGUGAUCUGGUCACCGGAAAUGUGACAGUUCCCGCCGGCUUUGUUGAUACUGCCCAUGUUACUGCUCAAAUGCAACAUGCUGUACUAGGCCAAGUACAUGAUAUGUACAUGAAGCUAUCUGCAGGGCUAGGGACAAUGAUGGGUAACUUCUCCACACUCGGUGUCCCACCCCCAUACUAA